UCUUGUCGCCUAUUCGCCAUGUUGUGAAUCGAUAUGGCUGGAGGGGCUGGCCAUAAAGAGGAUAGGAUAUUACAUCGAACAAUUUGUGAAGUUUUCGUGUUAAAUUGGUUGCAUUAAUAUGUAGUAAUGCCAAAAAGAAGUACGAAAGAUAAUAGCAAGUGGAAACCUAGAUCGGUCCAAUGUAGAGCAAACGACAAAAACAACGUGAACAAUAUUUUCAUUGGUGCUGGAAACGCUCGGCGAUGGAUUAUUUUGAAGAAAACUCUUGAUUAUAAAAGUGAUGCGGAUUUUGUUUCAUUCUUGCUGGACCUUGCAGAAUCUUAUUCAAAGCAGAAAAAGCCAAACAUUAAAUAUGAAGCUGGAGAUGGGCAUGAUGACGGUUUUCAACGUGAGUUCGAAGAAGAAACCAAUGACAGCACAUGCUCGACGGCGGUGCUCAGCGAUGAUGGGGACUGGAAGCCUGCUGCUCUGCCGCCGGACGGACCCCUGCGACGCAGUCCUCGCACCCAGGCCCCGCCCAUCAAGCUGCACGUGCGACGCAGCUCGCGCAAUGUGCCGGCCCCCGGAGACAUGCCAGCACCGCUGCUGGCCGUGCACAGUGAUAGGAAGAAGAAGAGGAAGGAAAGGGCGGAAGCGGCUGCUCGGUCGCUGGAGCGGGACCUGUCGAGGUUCGAGGUGUCAGUGACGUUGCAGCCGCUCGAGUCCUUGCCGCACUUGGCAUGCGCCAUCCGCAAGCCCCUCGAGCAGGCCAGGGCUCCCCAGGAUGGCGUGGGCGUGAUAGUUUCCCCCAUUCGCGGCGUGAACCGCGAGCCCCCACGGCUCGAGCCGAGCGACCCCCUCGAUCCUGUCCCCGCGACGGAGGCUGCUCUUGUCGAGAAGGAGUCGUUGAAGAUCUUGGUGAAGGAGGAGGAUGCGUGUUGUCCGUCACCGCACCAUGUGGACUCACCGCCCGACGUGCGGAUUGAGGUGGGUGAGCGAGUCAAGUUGAAGCGGCGGAAGAAGAGGUGCCACUCUGCGCCCGAUGGGGCGCAGUUACCGUCGCCAGAGGACAGCUCUGGAGAGUUGGGUAACGGGACCAAGCACAAGCGACGGAAACACAAGCAUGGCGAACACAGUUUUAAGAAGAAGCACCACGAUGUGCGCAAGGCGCCCCAGGACGGGGUGUCGCCGCUGGCCGAGGGGGACGAAUGCGGGGAGGACUGCAGUGAGCCCUCGCCCCCGCGCCUCUCUCCUCAGCCCCAGCCCCAGCCCCAGCGCGUCGCCAUCAAGAUCAAGCUGUGCGGGGACUGUGACCUGCGCCACGUGCAGGACGGCUGUCCUCUGCGCCGGCCGCUGGCCGUGGUUUGCGACGCGAUGGCUCUGGAGGAGUGGCGCACGCUCGGCCCCCCGGUGCUGCGCCCCGAUGUGAAGCUCGAGUGUGGCCGCCGCAGCUACGCAGAGGCGUCACUGCCGUCGGCGCUGGCGCUGGACGCGUGUGCUGGGGACGGGGAGGCCCGGGUCGUGGCUGCCACGCACGUCCAGCAGUUCACGCAGUUCGGGCCGCUCGUGGGCCAGCCCAUCCAGGAGAAGGACAUUCCUGACGACUUCAACAUGAAAAACAUGUGGGAGGUGGUGUCGGGCUGCGAGCGCUCGUACGUGAGCACGCUGGACCCCCAGAGCUCCAACUGGGUGCGCUACGUGCGGCCGGCACCAGUGCGUGCCCUGAGGAACGUGGUGCCAGUGGCACACGGCGGGGGGCUGUACCUGGUGACGCUGGCCAGCCUGGAGCCCGGCGAGGAGCUGCUGUACUGGCUGGACGACUCCUCCACCUCAUGGGCUCGCAAGAAGAUGGAGAAGACCAACUGCGGCGGCUGCAACCUGCGCUUCUCGCACCCCUUGUACUACCGUCUGCACUGCACGGUGUUCCACGACCCCAACUUCAGCCUGACCAUCCGCAAGUACCACUGCAAGGUGUGUGGCACGGCUGUGCUCGGUAAGGAGAACAUUAUGAAGCACGCCGCUGAGAUGCACGACGGCAAGGGUGCCUACCAGUGCCAGUUCUGCAAGAAGUUCUUCCUGCGCCUGAACUACCUGGAAAUGCAUCGAACGUACGGCUGUGCCUCCAACCCCCAGAGGACGAGGCCGCUAUGCGACUUCUGUGGCAGGAAGUUCUGCCAGCCCCAGAAGUUGAAGGUGCACAUCAAGCGAAUGCAUAGUGACAUGGCGGACGUGCUGCGGGAGUUCCAGUGCAAGCGCUGCCUGAAGCUACUGGGGUCACGAGCGGCUCUGCAGCGCCACAUGAAGGAGGUACACCACAAGGACAUUGUGGGUGCCUGCACCUGCGAUCGCUGUGGCAAGAUGUUCCAGAACAAGUCCAACCUCAAGAUACACAUGCUCACCCACUCCGGGGUCAAGCCCUUCAAGUGCAAGGAGAACAACUGUGUGGCAGCAUUCACGACAAAGCAGUGCCUGCAGUUCCACUACAAGAAGGUGCACAACUUCAGCGACGAAUCGAUGCCAGUGAUCGAGCGAUCUGUGGCGUACACCUUCGACGCCUACUCUGGGGGCAAGGUGGAGGACCUGGGGCGAGGCCUGUCGCCCAGGUUCGACAAGGAGCGGCGAAGCUCCACGGACAACAACAGCAGCAGCCUGCUGUCGCUCGACGACAGCAGCUCCACCUCCAGCCUGAAGGCUGACGUGUCUGGCACCAGCUCCGCCACCGACUGCAAUGCCGGUGUGGAUGAGAAGACGGUGAUGGAUGAACCACCCUCUCUGACACCUCCCUCCCCACCCACAGCAGCACACGCACCGAGCCCUCAGCCCCCCACGCUGGUGCCCUACAUGGCGGUGUCGUACCCCAGCAGCUAUGCCAAGGUGGUGGUGAGCAAGGGCAGUAAGAAGUGGCUGGGAGACCCUGCGCCACAGUCCCCGCCGGUCUACCACUUGAAGCAGGAGCAGGAGUGCGAGGGGGAGGUACGUAGGAAGCUUCCGGCUCCGGUCAUGUUCCAGCGUCCGGACUCCUCCAGCGCCAGCCUGCUGGUGGAGGCAGCCAUCGACGCUGCAGAGCGCGACAUAGACCUGUCUGGCAGCUGCGUAGUCAGCUCCACUGCCCACUCUCCCAGCAUGGACUGCCACGAGUCGCAGCCUGACGCCCUGUACCUGGUGAACGGUCACCGCCUGACCUCACGUCACAUGCACCACACGGAGAGCUAUGCGGAAAUGGUGUCACCAGCCACCACGCCCGACCCCGUAGUGCGUUACACCUCGUCCCCCCAGCCCCUGCACCAGUAUGCCGACCUAGCCUCGCCCGCACAGACUCCACGCGGCUAUGAGGUCAUGUCCCCACCGCACGGAUAUGCCGUGGGCUCCCCACGCUACGAUGAGGGUGAAGCUCAGAACCUGAGCCUGGGCCUCAAGGACAAGUUGGAGCUGGCCGCGUACAAGCCGUACGACAGUCUGGCAGAGGACGUGGCAGCCCGCGCGGGCGGCUAUUUUCCUGCCGCUCGCUAUGCCGUCAUGUAUGACGAGCGGCAGGCCAGCGUCGACCUGAGUCUGGCCGGCCGCGGCUACUCCCCUCCGUACCAGCACAGCGUCGACCUUAGCCUGCACCCGCGCACGGAAGGUCUGGUGGAGCCAGCGCGCAUCGUGUCCCCGCCCCCACCCCCUCACCCUGCCACCUACCAGCCGUACCCGCCGCUGCCGCCAUCCCCGUACCACCCGGCCACGCGGCCGGCCCACAUUCCCCCGCCGGUGUCUCCUCCCGCCUACCACCACUACGCAGGGUACUACUAGCCGACUAACCCACCGAUGUUUGGUCGCAACCACUGCCAACAGCACUGUUGUAAACACCACCUUAUUAUAUUGUGUCAAGUGGUACUACGUAAUCUUAAGUGUGUUUAGUUGUGGCUCUGAAUGUAUGGAAAGUAUGUAUGUCGAUUAUGUAUGCCAAAGUGAAAACUUUAAAGUGCUUCUAUUCAACAGUAUUAAUAGAGGAAUUUUAUAUAGUACAAUAUUUAUUUUUUUAGUUGAGUUUAUUAAUGCCAAAAUUUGUAUUAUAAAUACUUUAGGCACAUGAGCUUCACUAUUAUGCUUUUUGUUUAUUCUAUUAGGAUAAGUUGUUCUUGUAGGAAUUAUUUAAAAAGAUCAAUACUUUAGCUUCAUGAAUAGCAUAUACUUAUAUGCUUUAAGCAGUUUACACAACAGUUGUACCUAUGUGCUUUGGGUAACCUCAGGGUGGCCACUCAACUGGGAAAUCGGGAAAUCCGGGAAAUAACCGUGAAUUUUCGUGAGCACUGGGAAUACCUUGAAAAAGCCAGGAAUUUUCGUAGAGAGUCAGGAACGUGUAUGUGCGGGAUUUUUCAUCAUGAAAUGUAUACACAUCAGCCGUAAAUAACCUUAGCUUUUCAAUACAUUUGUUGUAUAAACGUUUUAAAUAAUAAUUAUCUUAUGAAAUAUAAGUUAAAAUAACACAUUAUGAUGGCGAGUAACCACAGUUUUAGAUUGUGUAUGUCUAUUGUUAAAAAAAAAUUUGACGAGCCUGCUUGCACAAUUAUGCACGCGCACAGCGAUCGAUCAAUAUUUCUCCCAGCAUGCAUUCUAGCAGUCAAGUCGCAUGACUUAGACUUGUUUGCUUUCUCGUUCGCAAGCGCGCUUCGCCAUCUUUGUUGUACAGUUUUAGUGCUUGGACAAGGUUAUACGAUUUUCUACGCAAGUGAAGUGGGUUAGAUGUUGGAAUAUUACGUUUAGAAGUCCAUACGCGCAGCAUUUGAGGUUUAAUCAAUUGUAUUUUUGUGCGUGGCUCAAGUCCGUCUUAUGUUUACAGUAAUCGUUCAAUAUAAAUCGCCGUAUUUGAGUUUGAUUUUGCAUAUAUUUGUUUUAUGAUGAAUAUAUCCUAUUUACGUGAACAACAGAAAGAGUUUGAUGUAACAAAUAUUUGUUUUAUGGUGUAAAUAUAAUUUUUUUCUGUACAGGAAGGUUAUGUGAUCUGCAACAGUGUGUAAUUAAUAUGCCGAAGUGUUCCGUUACCACGUACAGUGAUAAGUACAAAGAUGAAUUUGAGUGGGUGGAAAGGGACCCCAAGUGUAGUACAAAUGCAUUGUGCAAAUUGUGUAAUGGAAAAAUCAAUAUUAGUAGUAACCGCCCUUGUUAGUCAUGGUAAAGGUGCAAAGCACACAUUUGCGGCAGCAAAUAAGGCACCUAUAUAAAAUACCUAUAUAAUACCUAUGGAUGUGUUUGUUAAGAAAAAACAAGAUUUUAAGCCUACAUCUUCGGUUGUAGCACUUACACCAACUUUAGAUUUGCCUUGCUCAAGCAGUGUAGUUCCGGCAUUAAAAACUUUUCUUGUUAAUGAAGAAACGUCCAAGGCAGAGAUUUUAUGGUGUUUAGCAAGUGUUAUUUUUCAUUUGUCAUUUAGGAGUGCUGCUGGUUUGGCAUCUUUGCUACCAAACAUGCUUGCUGACAGUACCAUAGCUAGUAAAUUGCAGAUACAGAGAACAGAGUUAGCUUACACAGUAGUACAUGCAAUAGCUCCUUAUUUCACUGAAAAACUAAAAAAUAAGUUAAAUCGUUGUCCUCAUGUUGUUUUGGCAUUCGAUGAAAGCUUGAAUAAAAUCUCCCGUCAGCAAAUGUACAUUCAUGUCAAAUUUGGGGACGAUGAUAAAAAUGAGUUAACUAGUAGAUUCUUCACUUCUGCUUACCUGUGCCAGUGACCUUCUGGGAGCUAUUCAAGAAUUAGUCUCUCCUCAGCUUCUUGGAAAAACCAUUCAAAUUGCUAUGGAUGGGCCAAAUGUAAAUCUUAAAGUAGUUGAAGACCUUGAAUAUGUUUUACAUGAAGGGAAUGUUGAUGCUCCUUACUUUCUUCAAUUAGGAACUUGUGGUCUGCAUACUGUGCAUAAUGCUUUUAAGACAGGUGUUACAUCUACAGGCUGGAAGUUGGUUCAGUUUUUAAGGGCAUUGUACAAUUUGUUCAAAAAUUCACCUUCUAGGAGAGGAGAUUUUAUAAGUUACACAAACUCAUCCAGAUUCCCCCACAAGUUCUGUUCAGUUAGAUGGGUGGAAAAUGCUAAAGUGGCAUCCAGGGCUCAGGCUAUGCUACCUGACUUACUUUUGUACACUAGCAAUGUUACCAAAUAAAAGAAAGUUCCAUAUUGUGAAAGCUACAGAAUUGUUUCUGAAUUUUUAAAUGACAAACUUAUUGGGCCUAAAUUAGCUUUUUUUUAGUGCCAUGGCAGCAGAAGUGGAGCCUUUCCUUAAGGAAUUUCAGAAUGAAGCUCCAAUGGCUCUUUUUCUGUAUAGUGCUCUUCAUUUGAUGGUCAAAUCUGUAAUGGAAAGGUUUGUGAAAGGAGAUAUAAUUGAGAACAAAGAUAUCACGAAGUUAGAUCUAACACUCAGUGACAAUCUUAUAUUUGUAAAGAAUGUUGACUUGGGAUUUUCCACAAAAUAUGCAUUAAAGAACUCUAAAUUACAUGUGAAAGAAGUAGAUAAUCAUUUCAAACAUGAUUGUGUCAAAUUCUACAAAUCAUUUGUACAAAAGAUUCUUUCUCAAGUCACCUCUCUUAUUUAGGUUAUCAAAGUAUGUAUCCUGCUUGGAUCCAACAGUAAUUUGUGCUUGUCCCACAUUAGCUCAACACAGGAUGCAAAAUCUUUUGGAAGCACUUUUUGAGAAGAGGUGGAUGGCUGGUUUUCUAGCAGACGAAAUAAAAAGUGAAUUUAGGGAGCUAUGCAAGUUACCAUAUCUGCUGGAAUCUGUAAAAACGUACAGAAGAAAUGAAGUAAGGUUUGAUAUAUUUUGGAUGCAAGUUGUUGAUUUUGAUAAGCUUUCACCAAAUCUUAAAUUGUUGGUUAAAAUGAUGCUGAUUAUGUCCCAUGGAAGUAAACGCAGAAUGCCUUGUUGAAAAUCAACAUGAAGAGAGUCUGAUAGCUUUAAGACAGGUGUAUGAUUCUGUAUCAAUUUUAUGGGGCAUAGGAAAAGUUCUAAUUGAUACAAGUCUUAUCCAUUCGUGCCGGAAUGCUCAUGCGAAAUAUGUGGAACUCUCAGAAAUUAAGCAAAAACAAAAAACAUGAAGAGUCAGUUGCUAUUCAAGAAAAGAAAAGUAAGGCCUUAGAAAUUAAGGAAUUGGAAGCCAAGAAGGCUAAACUGCUAGCAGAUGCAGCAAAAGCAGCUGCAUUAAUUGAAGAUGAGAUUUCAAUGAAAAGAAAGUAACAAGUAAGGUGUUCAUUUCCUGUUAUCUUCUAAGUGUAUAUACCUAAUUGUAAUAAUUCCUAUGUAGAACAAUAAUUUUACGGCGUUAAAAAUAUCUUACAGCCAUUGUUUGUUGUGAUUUAUAAUUUUCAAGUUUGUUGCCAUGCAAUUUCAGUGAGUUGAGAAAACCUGGAAAAAACCAGGAAAUUUCAAAAUGUCAAAUGGGUGGCCACCCUGAACCUAUUUUGUUAACUUUUCAAAGGAAUGCAUAGGCUGCUUGGCAACUGAUUAUAUUGAAUAGCUAAUUUACAUAAAAACAAGUACACCAGAGAAAUGUUGCAAUACCAUGUCCAUGCGAAAAUGAGUUUUCGUUUUGUGUGCUGUCUGUCUUGAAAGCCCGCAUAACAGUAUGUAUAAACCCACGUACCACCCAUUCCCGGGCAAGAUCCGCACCCUUAUUUUUAGAAUGCCAUGGUGGGAAAAAAUGUUUUUAUUGCAAAUCUGCACGGAAAAAGAAUAAUUCAGUCAUGAUUUCUUUUACUUUCAAACAGUAACAAAUCGUAAAGAAUUACCAAAAAAGUACUAUGCUACUCAUUACAGCCUCGGCAUUUGUGUUAAACGUGUACAGAAGGCAGGCAACUGCAAUGUGGCAACAUCGCGCAAAUAGAACGUGGCAUCGGCGCACGCGAUCUAUAACAAUAUGCCGUGUGUGCGCGUGACCUUGCCCAGCUCCCAAAUGUUUACAGUUACGAUCUUCCGCGUCCAUUAUUGUGCGCUGGGCAAUGACCUCGUUCAAACAAAUAAACGAUAAAGCAUGCGAGUCCUAGCCACGCAAAAUAAAAACUAUUUUUAUUACAUGCAUAAUAAAAAACCUUGUGCCUAAUGUGGCAUAUUCUACAUAAAAAUAUAAUUUAGGUUAACACAAAUACGGCAUUUAUUUAGGCUUAAAUAAAAGUGACGUACAAAAUCACACAGACAAUAAAACUAACAAAACAAUAACAUGAUGUCACAGCCGUCGGCCAAGAACGGACUUAAACUUCCGCACAGCUGUUGUCCAUUGUCCACCGUGCUGCCAAUGUCGGGCAACUCAUCAUCGGAGCUCAAGCAAUCGUCUUCCGUGCCGUCGAGAGCAUUUGAAAUGCAGUACUUAUUAAAACUCUUUACGACUAAUGUUUCUGGGAUCGCAGACCAGGCAUUGAGAAUUCACUGACACACAAGAUACAAGCUUGGUCGCCUUAUUCUCCUGGUCGGUGUUAUUACGUGGUUUUCGGUCGCCAUCCACUUGGAGUAUUGCCGCUUCAGACACAUUUUAAACGGCCUAUUGAUACAGACGUCAAGGGGCUGCAAAACUGAAGUUAAUCCUCCAGGUAUUACGACCUGAUCUGUUCGCCUAUCUUUCAGACGAUUCUUCGUUUCUUAGGUUAAAUGACUGCGAAAGCUGUCCAACGCCAGCAUUCUUCGUAAUUUUUAACAAAGCACCGGGUCUUCGUUCCCACACACAUUUAAUCCAGUCCACAACCAUUGCAUGGUCCAUCCAUCCCUUCUCUUGAGCCCUCACAAUAAUACCAUUAGGAAAUUUUUCAUUUUUGGAGAGUGAUUUCCUUUUAAAAAUCACAUAGGGCGGUAGUUUUUUUCCAUCGGAAAUGACUGUCAACAUUACAAUGCACCACAUUUUUUCACAGCCUCCAGUUAAGAUGCGCACUGUUUUUGGUUUCAACUGUCAUAUCUGCAGGCAUUUCAAAGUACACAGGUGUUUGGUCGGUGUUUCCAAUUUGUGAAAACAAAUAAUUGUGUUGCUUCCGCAGCUUUAACACAUGCCUCUGAAAUGCUCAUCGUAGCUUGUCGGUAAACGCUGGCAUAUUGUAGUACGCAGCCUCAUGGACAAACCCUUUCUUACCAUGAACCUGCGCAUCCAGUUCCUACUUGCAUUAAAGCCUUCACCCACGCCAAGUUCACGAGCAAUUUGCAGCGCCUUUAGCGAACACAUUUCCGUGCUUACAGCGUACCCGAAUUGCCGUCUGUCCUGUAAGUAGUCGUAGAGUUUUUCCUCUAUCUCCGGAAACUUUGCUACCGCACCACGGAACGCACGUCCAUCACCACUGGCCGAAUGCACUUUGUCUUUACUUUUCCUCCAAUCCCUCACACAUGAUUCGUCGACAUCAUAUUUUCGCCCAGCAGCACGGUUACCGAUUUAUUCCGCUUCACUGAUUAUUUUUAAUUUUUCCACAACGGUGAAAGAACGCAACUUUUACGAUUCAUUACAAUACUUGCAGCCAACACACGUGUAAAACCACUGGGUACUUUACAAAUGAGGAUAGGACAGUGCGUGGGAGCGCGCGUUUGUAACCAGCGAAGCUGCAGUGUGACAACGCGGUGAGGAAUGUGACCUUGACUGUCUGCCGCUUCCUUUCCAUCCUUUUCCCCUACCCCUCGUGCCUAUCGCAGGAACCUCCAGUCGCGCCGGCGUUAUUUCGUCACCGUGCAAAAAUGGCCCAAGACUCAUGUGACACCUGCACCCUACUUUUUCGAACCUGAUUUUUUUAAAAAGGUGCGGGUGGUACUUGGGUUUAUACGGUACUUGUGUUCUUGUCCAUUUUGCAGAGAGUUGCUGUAUUGUCUGUAGCUGUUGUCACUUUCUUUGACUGAAAGAAUCUCAAACUAAAAAAUGAUUUUGUGUUUUACUCUGAAGGAUAGUUACACAGCAGUCUCAUUGCAAUCUACCUGAAAAACCCCAUGGUUUUGGUACUUUCUACUAAUAAUAAAAGUAGUUUUAAAAACAGUUAAUAUUUGUAAAAUAUUAACUUGAAAGUGAUGAAAUCCUAUAGUAAAAGUACUUUGUUGUGAGAUUCCAUUGUAUAUAGUUUCAAACUGUGUAAAAUCAUAUUUUAAGUUUUAUUAUGACACAUUGUUACAAUCCAUGUCCAAUGACUGGUUUAAAGAAAUAUUAUAUAACUUGACAGUAAUGAGAUAAUCUCAUCUUUCUAACUCUACAAAGCAGAAAGAUAUGACAGCUACCGUCAAUUGACAGUUUUGCUAUGUCUCAUAUAAUACGCUUUUUUAUUAUGUAAUUAAUUUUGUUUCUAGACUGAAUCUAGUGUUUAAUGUUUCAGUGCUUGCCAAAGCGAUGGUUUGCUCGAUCCUGACUGUUUUCAGAUGUUGCGCCUAGAGAGGGAGUAGUAUUUUUUCUGUGUAUCUUUUCAAUUUUGCUAGUCAUGAUGCAGCUAGUGCUUGUAAAUAAUAUAUUACAGCAAACAGCAUUAUUGUUUUUAUUGCUGUUAAUUAUUUGUAUAGGUAUGCCAUAUUUGUUGAAUAUGGUUGUGGGAUCAAACACAAACUGUUGGAAACAAAGAAGCUUGGUGGAGUUAGAUAGUUCCUCAGUGGUUAUAAGCAGGUGGAUGAGAGCCAAUCUUUUGAUUUGAACGGAUUCUAAAUUUAGUACAAUGUAAGGUCUUUCAUCUGGCAUGCCUACUAUGGCACUAAUCGAGAUGCUCACGUUCAGACGUGACUAUUGAUGUAGCCGCGAAAUCUCACAUCACUGUGCUGCCAGUGUUUUAGUUCUCUCAAAGUUUAUCGCUACUGCCGGUUGUCAUUAUAACACAGUGUUUCCUGUUUUCUAGUGGCUUACAUUUCACAUGUUAAUUUAUUUAAUGAUUUUUUUAAGGCAACCAAUUAACAUAUUUUUUUUCUAUAGAGCAGCUUUUAGCAUUUUUUAAAAAAAAUACCAUUGUAUUGUAUAUUAAUUUUAGUGAUGGCCCGAUAUCCAAAAACCCGAUACCGAUACCGAUUCAGAUAUUUCCAAAUUUACCGAUCCGAUACCCGAUAUUUCGAUACUAGGCCUAUCUCAUUUCUAACACUGAUUCUAUAAAAUUGUGGUUCUGGAGUAUUGUUAGAGACAAUAAUGAAAAAUGUUAAAUAUUAAUAAAACAUACUUAUGUGAAUGUAUAUUAUUUUUAUUAAUUGUAAAAUAUUGUAAAUUCACAUUAAAUGAAAGCUAAUAAUGAAUUUAUCAUAAUGGCCUACAAAUAAGCUCUCUAAAUUCAAGGUCUUAAAAAAUUAAAUUGUUUUUCAAGGCCAGAUAAAGCAAUAUUCUGGUGUAGAUAUUACCUACAGUAUGCAAAAAACAUAUUGUAACUAGAAGGUAACAAAUUUCAGAUUUUUGUGGAGAAAUGUUGAGAAAUCUUGUAGCUGUCCGGUAUUAGUCUCUAGUGUAUUUGCUUAUAAUGUAUUAAUUACAAGUCACUGCAUGUACUGAGUCCAGUGUCUCAACUGUAAUAUACGAAAAAUACUGUCCGAAAAACGGGAAGCCUACAACUCACGUAGUUUCGGUUCCCUGCAAGAAUUUCCGAAGAUUUCCGAAGUUUUGCGUUUUGGUAUUAACGCCACUUCAGCCGCUAAAUCAGAAGUUCAAGCAUGUUGUGACUAACCUAACCUAACCCAACCCUUCGAUUUUUUUUAAUUUCAAUUUUUGAGAAAUCCGAAGUUGCACGAACGAGGUAGGGAACCGAAACUACGUGAGUUGUAGGCUACCGCCGAAAAACAUAAAGCUUUUGUACCAUUUGUAAAAUUUCAUCACGGUAAACGACACGCUAAAAAGGAAGGUCUUCAAGUAGCAAAUUUUGUGACCAUUGUUCAAGUGUAUCACUCCAUUUAUUGGUGCGAAAACACGUUAAAAAUACGUGAAAAGUAAUUUCAAUACAACUUUGAAACGUACUGCAGAGUUUAUAAAACCCCACAUCUUUAAAUAUGUUGUUGGCAAUGCACUCAAUAUAGCCAACUUGCCCUACUUAAACACGUUUCAUAUUUUAGCUUUUGUAAAACUUGCGUAACGUUUGUGUAUAGAACAGCAGUUGGCGACCAUGAAACGACACGGAAAGAAAAUGUCUGUUAAGGGGAUUGGUGCACCAGCAUCGUAUUAAAAAAAACAAUAUAUUUGUUAAUGAUUCAGCUGCUAGAGAAGAUUUGAACCAUUCUGGUGUAAAAUUUAUUUUUUUAUUUUUUUAUUUUAAUUAAGUUAUUGCUGAUUUUCGGGAAUUUUUUAAAUUCAAGCUUUAUUAAAAAACUAUAAAGAAUUCAGUGGUAAAACUUUCGCAGAUAAAUUUUCAGACACGGGAGAUAUAACUGUGACCAUUAUUUUAUCUGUAAUCAUUAUUAAUUUAACGUAUUUACAAUUUGAAUUUUAAUAAAUAAGCUGCUACGAAAUUACGUGAUAUUCAUUUGCGAAUUUAAUAACAUUCGCGUUUUCAUUUGUAAUUCAAACGCCUACAUAUAUGUCGGCUGAAUGAUUGACUUUAUUUUAGUCUUUAGCUUAUUGCAGUCGGACCUAAAGUAAAAAUGUAGCUGUAGAAAUUUGAGCAGCGUGCAAGCUCGGAUACGAGGAAUUAUGGAGCGCGCUGGACAGUAGUGACACCUUGCGACAGUUUUCCAAACUUUUUGCAGCUUGUUCCCACCCAGCCACAGCUGUCUGCUGUUUACGAAGGGGAGACGGGAUUUCGCGGGAAACUGAUAUGAAGGUCAACGUACUCAUUUUCAGUAGAUAAGAGAACGUGUUUGGUAUAGCUCGGCGUAUAAUUGAAUGGUUAUUCUCUGUUAUUAUUUAGCACAGUGAUUUAGCUAGAUGUUUUUUGUUGUAAGCGUGAGAUUUAUUCAGGAAUAAAAUGCAGAAGAAACCUCCACCAAGCAGCGUACACAAAAGAACAAAACUAUCGAAAACCAUUAGAGCGCUUAGAAAAAAGAAUAAAGAAAGAUACGAGAUUAUUUUAUUAUAGCUUUUUUUACCAUUUAUAUUUAUUUUUCAGAGUUGCGUAUGUACAACGCGAUGGACGCGAUGCGACAACAAAAAGAUGUGUAAAAUUUUAAACAUGUUUUUUUUUUUUUUUUUUUUUUGUUUUUUCAGCAAUGCGUGAACCAUUCAUUAACUAUACUCAACAUGUAUCCGUAUAAUUACGUUUGAGUUUUUUUUUAUGACAGGCACCAAUGUUAACAAGUUUAUUAAGCCACAAUAGACUUUUUUCAGAAAACUAAGUGUAGCAGAAAACACUCAACAUAGUCUCACACAAAAUCAGUUUACAUGAAUGCAGUUUUAAGAAGUAAGCUACGUAAAUAAUAGUUAAAAAUUAUUUAAUAUCUGCUGGUAACGUUUCCAAAGUAUCAGCUUCGCCUUCAUUCACCAACAAUAUUCGUGAGCUUAUUUAUUUAUUAUGCUGGCUAUUCGUUGGUGACUGUUAGGACUGCAAAAUUAGUAAAUAUUUUUCACCCUAUCCUGAGUUAAUUCUAAGUGUGCGCGGUUAGAUGAGGACCUAGAUGUGUCUCAGGCUUACGCCUUUACACUCUACUCAUGCGGGGUAUUAACCAUGCGCGUAAGGGCGCGUUGCCAUUGACCUGUAGGAUAGUCUCAACAAUCCUCUACGAACUCGAAAAAUGUCACCUGCUCAUUGCCUACUUGACUUGUGACAACUGUUUGUUGUAAUGCCUGUGAUUCAUCGUUGAUUUUGUUGAGGAGUUUUCAGUGAUUCAGAGCCUCCCAUUUAACUGUGGCCGAAUUGAAGAAGCAUGUUACAUGCUUGAAUUCAUAGCGAAUGGAAACCACAAAUAUUUACUGAUGUAGUGGUUGGUAAAAGAAAUAUUAUUCGUAUCGCGUCCAUUGCUUCGCGCCAUUAUGGCUCCUAUAUUAUAUGGAUUUAAAAAAUAUAACGAUUCAUUUACGACACUUAAGAUAAGGUGUGUAGGAUUUUAAGAAUUCACUUGAAUUAAUAUUUAAGAACAUAUUUCAGGAUAACUUAUGUAGACGCUCGUACAGACGGCACCGGUUGUGAUGACUCAUUGUUACCAGAGCAGGGGCCACGCAUGUGAAACCUCAACACAACUCGAAAAUCAGUAAGUGUUACAUUGAAAUGUGUCUGCUACAAAUGUUCAGGAAUUAUAACUUUGAAAUCGAGUAGAAAUAUUCCUGCAAUCAGCAUUAGGUAUAUUUUAAUAGACAUUGAAAGCGAAUCAUUAAGUAGCUUCAAAAUCCAAAUACCGGAAUACAGAUAGUCUGUAACAAUACAGACCUCACAGACUAGAUAUGGUCCAGAUUGUUAAUACUAACACAUUUGAAAAAAAAACUGACUAGUUACUGAAUAUGUUGAAAUUUUGUAAACCUGUUACUUUAUAUGAUUGGUGAUGUAAUAAUGUCUCUUGGAAACUACAUAAGAUUUUAACUGCUUUUAUUUCUCCAUAAAUUCGCAAAUCACCAUGGCAGCCAUUUUACGAUCAUGAUUUAAUUCUUAAAUUUUUAAUUAGUUUAUUUGUUGAGAGCCUGGUACAAUGUGUCUGACCACUAAAGCGAUCCGAGCCGCGUAGUGUAUACUACUGCGAGGUUGCCGAAGUAGGCUCGGGUCGGGACGAAUUUCGCUGUGAAGAAACAAAGGUUUUUAAUACAUGGAAAAUUAUCCCAAAGCCGAAAAUUUGUACAGUAGUAGAAUGAAAAUUCUUAGUAACACGUCAAAAGUUUAAGUACUGCCGCAAACCUUGUGCGUCACACCAAAAACGGGCAGUUAAGUCCAAAAUGACAAUUUUAUGCAACGAUCCACAAUAAUGGAUAUUGCAAAUGCACUUUAUGGAGUAGACCGUCAGUAUGGAACCCAAAAUAAUCUAGAAACAUUGCCCUAUCUGAGGAUAGUGAUAAAAAGCACAAAGUUUUAACAUGUUUCUAUAAAAUAUAUCUUUUAAAUCAUUAAAGUUAACGAAUUCACUUUCAUUCAAUUUUAAGGAAAUAUAAAUACAUCUUACAUAAACUUAAAGAGCCCAACGUGGAAAUCGCUUAAAGUAAACGUUGUUGCAUAUUUAUUCAUCUUUAAAUUGGUAUAUUUUUUAAGUGUCUCAUACAAUUAGUCUGACCACUAAAGCGAUCCGAGCCGCGUAGUGUAUACUACUGCGAGGUUGUCGAAGUAGGCUCGGGUCGGGACGAAUUUCGCUGUUAAGAAACAAACAUUUUUAAUACAUGGAAAAUUAUCCCAAAGCAAAAAUUUUGUACAGUAGUAGAAUGAACAUUUCUUAGUAACACGUCAAAAGUUUACUGAUGAAACCUUGUGAUCACACCAAUAAUGAGCAGUUGAGUCCUUAAUGAUAAUUUCUACAAUGAUCCACAAAAAUGUUUCGUAAAUUUAAUAACUUUAAUACUUUUUUAAGCCGGUUCUCAUUAUGGCACCAAAGUAAUAUAAAAGAAUGUCCUACAUGGAAACUGUGAUAAACACCUCAAUGUUUAAACGUCCUAUUAUUAAAUUGGUAAUUUUAAUCAUAAAAGGUAAGAAAUAUAUUUUUUUAUAGAAAUUUGACUACAUGUUACAUAAAUAUGUUGAGUGUAGCGUCAAAAUCACUUCAUAAAUAUUGUCUGUGUGUUUUUUUUAAAGGUUUUAAUGUGUAUAUUUUGAGUGUCUGGUACAAUAGUCUGACCACUGAUGUAUUUCAAGCUGCGUAGUGUGUGUGUGCAGCAGUGUUAAAGUCGUUCGUGCUGGGACGUUUUUUGCUCCAGAAAACUAAGGUUUUUAAUGUAUGGUAAUUCCAGACUGAAUUUUACUCUGAAAGAAUAAAAGUUUCCUAACUGCAGGUGAUUUUUACUGCUUACGUAGAUAAAAAUCUUCCAGGAUGCGAUUUGCUUAGUUAAAAAUGUUAGUAUGAUCGACUCUUUAAUUUCUAAAUUAUAAAUAAAUAACAAUAGAACUUCCCGGAAAGUUGUGAUAAACUGACGAUAUUACGCGAGUAGCAGACCCGUACGUGACUACAGAGAAAGGCUAUUUUCCUUGACCGUUAAGAUUUCUGGGACGAACACCCUCUCACAGCUGGGGUCAUAAAAUACGGUCAAACUCUUGCAAAAACAUCCACCACCGCUCUUUGCCACUAGCAAUUCAACGAAGUAAGCUAGGCGCAGCACUCCAAUGAAUUAACUUAGAAAAAAAAUACUAAAUAUGUAAUUCUAUCAAUACAUUUUACAACACAACUUAUGUUUUAUUUAUUUUCUGGAAAAAAAUAAUAUUAUCAUACGAAUUAUGUUAUAAAAGUGACAAAACUCAAUAAGCACAUUUACGGUGUAUCGUUUUCUUCAAUUGUUAUGUAGUAAACUAAUUUCAUAUAAUUAAAUAUAUAUAUUUUAUAAUAUAGGCUACAUUAAAAUUUUGCACAGUUCUGAUCUAAAAUAAUAUAAUGUAUUAGAAAUAAAAAAUAAUUAUAUUUUUUGGUAUUAAAAUAUUUUUUAAUAAUAAAAUUUUUGUAACAAAAUACGAACACACAUAUAUAAAAAUAGAGGUCCUCUAGAAUUUUUAUUUACAAGUUCCAAGCAGAAAUUGUUUAUUGUUAAUUUUAUUGUAUCAAAAAUCAUUCAUAUAAGAAAAAAGAAUAUGUAUAUCUCAAUAGAUGUAACAUGAAUACACCCUAUCAUAUGCAUUAAAUAUAUUUUAAGUAAUUCCUAAAUAAGACCAAGUUUAUUGAGUGUCGCAGUACGCAGCGUGUUUCAAAGCCCGCCGGCCGUGAAAGAUCAGUACGGCCGCAGUACACUGCAACGCUCGGGCAGCUUUAAUGAGGCAACUAAUUAUGCUAGACUCUUUAUAAAUAUACUAUCUUAAAGCUAAAAGUAUAAUUAAAAACAUUUAUUUAGACAUUUUUUCUUAUUGGGCUCUUCAAAUCGGUGUAAAUCGUAUUUUUAUCUGGGUGGCAAAGAUAAAAUAAAUAUAUGUCGUGAAUUAAUCGCUUUAUAUCAUAUCUUAAAUAUUAAAAAUUUAAAUUUUUUCUAACAUUAAUGGGUGUAUUACAGUUUCUACAUUAUUUUGGUAAGUUAACGGACAGUCAAAAUUAAAAACUGUAUAAAUGGGUAGUAUUUUAAUGGACUGAUGCUGUCACCUAGGACUUAAAUGCAAAUUUUCGGUGAUAACGCACAAGGUCUUCAACGGUAAACUUUCGGUAUGUUAUCAAGCAUAGUCAACUCUACCACAGUACAAAAAUUCAGCUUUGGACAAAUUUUUCACAGGUUGUCUUGGUUUCCUGGAGUAACAUGAAAGUCUACGCGGGGAAGGGCGGCUACCUGAUCCGAGAAUGAAGGAUAGGGCGAGAUGGGAAGCGAAGAUAAGAGCUGGUUGGGUGUCCGUGUUGGAGAGAGAGAGAGAGAGAGAGAGAGAAAGAGAGAAAGGCGAUAUUGUGGAAGACCUUCGAAAGAUUCCCGCUAGAUGGCAGGCCUCAGAGCUGCAACAUUCGACAACCUCCCCUCACAGAAGCUCUCUCGCCACUAACUUGCCAAAUCUCACCCGCUAGCUUAUAUACGUGCUGGCUGGCCGUACAGUAGUAAUAAACAAGCAUUUAUAAAACACUUAAGCUCAUUUCCAACAAAUUCUGACGAAUGACUGUUUUUUGUCCUGCACCAAUCCCCUUAAAUCAAGCAGCAACUUUAUUCUUCUUCAUGUUUACUUACGGCUACACCACUUAUUAAAUUAAAUGUCGUAAUUAUUUUCGUUUAUGUUUUCAAUUUAUGUACACAUAGUGAACUUCGAAACUUCAUCAAGCGAAAACAUUUUGCGAAUAUCUGAAACAAAUAAAUAUGCACUAAUGACUGGGAUUUGUGAACACAGGGAAGAAUUGUACCGUCGGGAUGCAUUGCAGUAUCAGAAAGAAGAAAUAGGCUUGAAAUCUUGAAAUUGUUUCUGUGGAAAAUAUGCUUAAUUACUAGGUAAUAUGGUGACGUGAAGAAAGAUAAAUUACGCCCGCGGAAAAUAAGCUUGGAAUUACGGUUAAGGUUAUGUGAGAAGUAUUAUUGGCGAGAGCAAACAUCGGUUAUCAAAUUAUCGCAAGUAUUUACCGAUGUCCGAUAUUGAAAAAUGUGCCGAUAUUACCGAUCUCCGAUAUCGAAUAUCGAGGGCCAUCACUAAUUAAUUUGUCUUUAGGAACCCCGUUGAAACUAUAUUGACGUUCGAUAAUUUGGCACAAUCGCUAAUUCACCAAGGCUGUAGUCCCAAACAUAUAACACUGUAACUAGAGUCCUUUAACAGAGCAGUUGCAGAAAAUUUUUUUUUCUGUGUGAUAAAAUAAAGAAUAUUAGAAUGCAUUAUGCUGUAAACUAUGAGUGAAAAUAAAUAAGCAUGCAGAAACUUACCAUUACAGAUCAAAUUUUAAGUUAACUGACCUUGUGAUAAAUGUUUGAAAUUUUUUAACUAUUUAAAUAAUUUUUUUAUAAUUAUGCCAUUUAAUAGAUUUGUUAUAAAACUGUCCAUAAACUAUAAAAUCAUAGAAAUUUAAAUAAUAAAUGAAGAAAAAUGAAAUAAAUUUGGUUUUCCAUCCACCAUUUACUGGUUAGCUUAAAAACAUUUUACCUAAAAAGUUUUAAAAGUUUUGUUGUAGAAUCUUCAUAAUUGGUUUUAUAAACUAAGAGCUGUACCAAGUUUUCACAAAUCAAAGAUAUGAAGUUAAAUGUGAUGCUAUGUUUGUGCCAUAUAUUUAUACUAUUGACACUGUAAUAUUAAGAAACGCACAUUCUAGAAUUUAAUAUUUCCUUUUCAAUGUUUUUAUGCAUUGAGUUAAAAGAAAAAUACAAUGAAAUCUUGUCCUGUCGAGUACAUUUAAAUUUAUAGUCAAGUCAAGAUUAAGCUAUUCAAUUGAGUUUUCAAAUAUUGGUGCUUCCUGUAGUUAAAUAUAUUUAUAGCCUAUCUUUACGUAAUGGAGGCAAAUCUAAUUUUUAUACUGAAACAUGGUUAGGAGUAAGCUGGCUAAUCCUACUUCCUCUGACAGUGACAAUAGCAAACACAGCAUUAUCCCAUUAAGAAAACAGCAAACACUGCAUUGUCUCAUUAAGUAAACGUAACUACAGAAUGAAAAAUAAAAUGAGUGGUUUUUAUCAGAAACAAUAAAUAAUCUUCUACGCUACUUACUGUAUUUUCUGGCAUAUAAGAUGGGCAUUUAUGCAAGCUUGAAGAGCUCACAUGUUGGUUAUUAAUUGUUGUGCAUGUAGUCAAAUAAAUCUGAUUCGACUCCUCUCCAUCACAACUGAUACUGGAUGCAGUGGUGUUUUGUAAGAAAAACAUACCGUAUUUACUCGCAUAAUCGUCGUAGCAAUUUUACCAAAUUUUAUGAAGGAAAAAAGUGAGGUGCGACCAUUAAGUGAGGAAAAAUUUAAAAAAUAUUUUUUUAAAUUUUUUUAGUAAAUCGCUUGAAAAUGCUAAAUUAAAGAAGUUAAUAUCUGGGUACAUGGUAUCUAUACGUAAUAUUUAUUUACAAUACCCGCAAAAUAAACAAAACAACUUUUGGUUACAAGUUUGGCAAAAUAAAAAUAUAGUAUAAACACAAAAUUGCGAAAAAAAAUCAAUAAACAAUAUACAUUUCUAAAACACAUUCAGUCUGAACACUCACCAAGUUUAUCUAUUCAUUGUCUGAACUAGAUUCUGACGAAACGCUGGAACUCAAACACUUUGUUUUCAAAGUCCUUCGGCAACUUCUGGCAAAGGGAUGUCCUCCGCUGGAGUGAAAAAUGUUCACGUCGCAUAAAUCUCGUCGCCCACCCACGACUGGCCUUGAACUGGGCGUGCGGUAUGCCACGCGCACAUGCUUCGUUUCUACCCUUGCACAUGAUCAUUUCAAGAGAAACACUGCACGCGUUGUUCCUUAACUCACGAAUGUACUCAGUCACUUGCGCAUCCACUUCAGGAAACUUCCCACGCUUAGGCCCUCGGAAAGCUCGCCUAGAUGAACUUGUGUUAUUCAAGUUGUCUUUUUGUUUUCGCCAGUCAGGAACAAGUUUUUCUCUUACUGAAAAUUCUCUUUCCGCGGUCUGAUUUCCGUGCUCUUCUGAAAAUGUGAUUACGCGCAACUUGAAAGCGGCAGUAUACGAAUUGUAUUUACCCAUAUUCUCACAAAAUUAACUUUCUCAAACUCUGCAAUUCCUGGUACUUUCCACUCAAACGCAAACGAGAUAAAACAAUGGCAUCACAGCAUCUUAUCUUCCACACACAUUCCUUCCUCCCACACGGCCAAUUAGGAAAUGCCGCUCAAGGUUGGACCAAUGAUAAGCGCCACACGCCACGUGAAAGCAGGCUGUUCCAUUGUGUUUACGGCUGUUUCGAUCGCGCCACACGCCACAUGAAAGCAGGCUGUUCCAUUGUGUUUACGGCUGUUCCAUUCGCGCCUUGGUCGCCGUCAAUAAAUUAGGGUGCUACGAUUAUAGAGGAAAUCUUAAAUACCAAAUUCAUUAACUCAAACAAUGGGUGCGACGGUUAUGCGAUGGCGACGAAUAUUCGAGUAAAUACGGUAAGUUUUAUAACCUCAGCUACAUAUUCUGGAUCUGCCACUGUUGUUUUAGUGUCGUUGGCUGCUGCUUAGUGCCACCACAAAAUAUAUUUCAUCAUAAGGUGGGGCAAUGCUUAAGAUUUUUUUAAUGUGUGCAUUUUUCUAGUGUAAUAUCAUCCAUGCGAAGUGCGUAAAUAAUUACAUAGCUCUAGGAAAGAGCUUGAAUCCUCUGUGGAUUGCAGCACUACUUAACAAUCUCAUGGAGACAAGGACUAUGCCUGUGCCAUCCAUAUUGUAGUUUUGUGUUAAUAUGGGACAUUUCAACUGACUUAUGAAACAUAUUACAGAAAAAUUUCAUUGUAGGUAUUUUAUAAAGUACGUAAAAAUUAAAUAAUUGCCAUAACUAACAACAAAGAAAUGAAGUAACAGCGUUUGAGCUGGCGUAGUUUUCUUGUCUUUGACGACCACAUUGUGCACAUGCUAAUGACAAGAUUUAUUUGAUGUGCAAAUUAUAGAAUUAUUUCCACAAUUCUGCAAAAACGUCUUGGCUGAUUCACGAAUAUGAGUGGCUACUGUAAUGAUGCAGUUAGUGUUUGGUCCUGUAACCUGUUAUGUUUUCAGAUAAAUAUCCUGCAUUAUUGCUACUAUUGUUAUCACCAAAAGCUUUUUAAUGUUUUCAUGUUGCUGAUGAACCAAGUGUGUAUACCAAAAAUAUAUUGUACCUGGCAUUUAUGAUGUAACUACUUUACAAAUGUAAUACUCAUAUACUAUUAAUGCAAACAUAAUUCUAGUAUGUAUAGUGUUGAUGUUAAGAAAUGACAAAUCACUUUUAAAAGGGUUAUGAAUUACUGCUUAUCGGAAAUCUCUUAAGUUGUGUUUUAUUAUAUCUCAAAAGAUAUAAGCUAGAAGAUUUUUGCUGUUAACAAUUGUUUUAACGAAAUUGCCUUCCAUUUAUUGAAGGAAAUGUGUAUGGAGUUUUGCAAUUUACGUGUUUUGUAGUCGGCGAGUUGAAAUAUAAGUAUUUGUGUUACAUAAAUGUAUAUGUAGCAGCUGUAGUGUUUUACAUAAUAUGGUACAAUUUGCUGUUUAAAUGUUUCAAAGAAAAAUUAUAUAUUAUUAUACACUAAUGUACUGUGUCUUGAACAUUUUUCCAGUAUUUGUCAUGUUGGUAUACUAUCAGUUCAAAAUGUAAGCUUCCGAAAUGUAUGUGUUCAUAAUGUAUAUUUACGAUUCAGUUUGUCCUUGUGAAUUUUGCAUGUUAAUGGUUGAUAAAAAAGAAAUUUAUUGAACGUGAUACCAAAGACAUUUCAAUUACCAAAAGAGUUUGUAUACUUAUCUUUUAAUUAAGGGCUAUCAGAAUAUUGUGAUAUGAUUGUGUAUGUAACUUGCUAUAUGUGCUGUGUUUAAGGUCACUUGUAGAUCUUCAUCAGUGACUGGUUCUCACAGUACUUAGUGUGUGUGACACCCUAUUACAUUUUAAAAAUAAAUUAGUAUACCAGUAAGGUUCUGCGAAGCUUCGAGAAUGUCGAAUCUCGAAUCGAAUCUUUGUUUAAAAAGACUCGUGCCAUAUUUCACUUGUAUAAACCAUAAACACAAACGUAAUUUCCGUGCAUGCACACUGACAAAGGCACUUGUAUGGCAUUAAAUACAAUGCAACGAAUUAAUGAUGUGACGAAUCAACCAACAUUAGUUUGCUCUUUCAGGAAUAGCUAUUCAUCUCCAUCAUAGCGUAUUUAUUUCCGACAACACCAGAGUGUUAAGCCAAUGUUUACUCUAUGGUUUAUAUUACGUUAUCCUGCAAGUUAACAGCAGCUCUGAAAACAAAAGCCAGAGCUAGUUUGCAUCGCGCCCACCAGGAUGUGCUAGUGAUGACGAAUCAUGGCGGACACGCAUUUAGGAAACACAGAAGGGAAUUACCUUAACAGGUUAAAUAAUUUUUCUAAUAAUAGAAAACAUUAAGUUUAUUAGUUUUUAAAAUCUUAAAAGAACUAAAAUAUAACGCCCAUAAUUAUGACAUUUAAUAAGUCUGAAAUGUUUUUAGCGCCUACUUAGGAAUGUUACGACCAAGACCAAAACUUCUUAUGUAAACAAUGCGGUACGAGAUUUUUUUAAAUUAUGAAAUUGUAAAACGAAUUAUUUUGAUUAACAAAACUAUCUUAUGAAGGGGGAAAAAGUGACUUAUUUGAAUAACGCUGUUUUCUUGAAACGAAUUAAGUAGGGUGCUGCAGUGUUUGUUUAGAUAAUUAAGACAAAACAAUUUUGAUAACAGUGUUUUUCUACUUUGCGUUAACAGUGUUUUUUGGUUAUCCGUGGACCCAUUACCCCGGAUAAUCGGGAGUCUACUGUAUUUGGAGAUGCAAGACUGACUAUGCAUUGCACAUACGUGAAAAGCUAUGCUUCAUCAGCAUCAUGUGAUCAAAGUAGCGUGCAAUAUUCUUGUACACGAAUGCGAUAGCUGUGGUACACAUACCCCAAUACUCCGGGUGUACUACAGGUUUUGUAUGUAACAUCGUCCAACAGACAUGACUCCCGUUGACAAAAGGCAACAUAGUUAUGGUACAUUAUGCUAAAUUCGUCUGAGCGUACCACAGAAUGCGAACUCGUAAAAUAUCUUUUUGCGCAGUGUUUUGUAGUGACUUGAAACAUUUACUGCCACAUAAAACCGAUACUAUUGAAUGUUUAAUAUACUCUAAUGCGUUAGUAAUUCAUGUUAUUCACUUUUACUCAGUUGCAGGACAACCAGAAUCUACUUAAUUAUAUUUUACGUCUGCUCGGCCACGCUUGUCUACCCUAGCAGUGUACCGUCUGCCUUGGCCAUUGUUUUACUGUAUUGGACAUGGAUACAGUACUGAUAGCAAUGGAAGACCAAAGUACCUCUGAGCCUGAAUCGGUACAGAGCGGCAGCAUCCAGCCAGAGAUUGAGUCAAAAACAAAACGAAAAUUGAACAAGUCUAUGUGGAAACACUAUGAAGUUGUGGAUGAAAAAACAGCAAUGUACAAACAUUGCAAAAAGAACAUCAAAACUCCAAGUAAUUAUGUAUAUACUUUACCGAAUAUCGUGGUUGUUUAAUUUUUUUGUUAACUAGAUCUGUGCAGCAACAUAAUAUUUUGACCUUUUCUGUGCACAUUGAAUAAAAAUUAAAACAAAAUAUUAAUGUUUUAAUGAGUAAUUGCUGGUAUCAUUGUUAAUUAUUUUCGCUUAACUAAAAUUUCAAUUUUUAUACUGGAUGUUAAAAUCUGUAAAUUGUUUACAUUUAAACUUAAACGUUAAUGUGGUUUAAAAGUAUAUAGGUAUUUUGUUUUUAUGUAAAAUUCAUGCAAAUAUGCAAUACAUUGAAUUAUUGAAUGUCUGACCUGCUCCUCUAGGUACAACAACGUGUCUUAUUCUUCACAUUCAAAGAUGCCAUGUAACUGAAUAUACUGAAUACCUAGCUGAAAAAAAUGUCUCAGUCAAGUGUCAAACUUCAGCAGGGAAAAAAUUCUCAUGGGGCAAAAAAUCAGAAAACACAUCUAUGUUUUCGAAAACAACUCCACUGGAUCCAAGUAGCAAUGAAGCCAAGAAGGUAACAAAUCUUAUUGUCACAUGCUUGUUUCAUCAUUCCUGCCUUACCAUUUUGUGGAAGAACAGGGAUUUAGGGAUUUGAUACAUAAUUUAAAACCAAACUAUGUAGUUCCAUCGAGUACAACCUUCUCAAGAAAUGUUGUGCCUACUAUGUAUGCAAACAAAAAAGAAAAAAAUCAUUUGUGUCCUUGAAAAAGAUAUUGCCCAAGUUGGUUCCAUUAGUUUAACAACAGACAAUUGGACGUCACGAGCAACAGACAGUUAUGCUUCACUGACAUGUCACUAUGCAGUUGACUUUAAUUAUAAAACAAUAGCUGCAAUACCCGGCGUUGCCCUGGCUGAACACAGGGUGAAGGGGACUUUUUCGAAAUCAGAUGUAGUUAGUAAUUAUGUUCUUAAUUUGAAUGUCAAGUGUGAAAAUUAAUUUAUAUCACUUUCAGAUCCCGACAGACGUUCUGCCAGUUUAUAGUUAUUUACCUGGUCUGUAUGUAAUUUAGACUUUAUAAAGCAAUAUAGAAAAAAGCUGAAAAAUAAGAGAUUACUAAUAUUGAUAAGAUUCCAUUAUCUAGCCAAUGCUCGGCCUGCAUUGCAAUGACUCAUUCAGUUUUGUUUUGUAAUAUGUUUGAAGUACAUAGUUCCACAUAUACAAAUCAUCUAUCCAUCUCUAUAUACAUAUUUAUCUCUGUCUACAUCUAUAUACAUCUAUGUAUCUAUCUCUAUUUAUCUCUUUAUAUCUACAUAUAUACUUCCCACUAUCUCUAUCAUCUAUAUAUGUCUAUAUAGCUCUAUACAUCUAUAGGUAUAUCUCUUUAUCUAACCCAUUUCAUUCUCUAUACCUCGCUCUAUCUCAACUUAUCUCUCCGUCUCUAUCUCACUCUAUAUAUAUAUAUAUAUAUCACUCUAUCUUUGUCUCUUAUAUUUAAAUAUAUUGUGUCAUGCGUGCGCACUUAUACAACAAAAACAGACGGAGUGCCGCUAUAUAAAAUGAAAUAAACAAUUUUUUUGACACAAUUCGUGCUCCAACUAUUGAAAAAUAGUUAUACCGUCUCAGUAGCCUUCAUGGACAUGCGCAUAUCGAAUCACCAAAAUUUCAUCGCAAUCGGAUGAAUGCUAUAGGAAUGCAUACGGUACAAACAAACGAAAAUUAGACAUGACAAACGCAUCAAACGAUGGUACGUUUAAAAUUCAAGGCAACUCUAUCUAUUGAUGAAGUUAAGAACAGAACUAUUAUUAGAGCCUUUAUUUUGCUAGUCACUGCGAGCUCCACUAAGCGGACUGGUCUCACCAAGGAGAAAAGUACUAAUUUGCCAGACCUUACUAUGUGUAUGAUCAUGUGUUAGACAUAGAUAAAUGACACUCACUCACUGUAUGUCUAUGACCUAUGAUUUUUUCUGUUAUAAAAUGAAAUUAUCACUUUUUCACUCCCUUAGGGAUGGAAUUUCAUAUUAAUAUGGGGUCUAUGUGUUAAUCCAGGUUAUAAGCUAGCUGUAGGCCAAAUUUCAUUCAAAUCCAUUCAUUAGUUUUUAUGUGAAAGAGUAACAAACAUCCAUCCAUCCAUCCAUCCAUAGUUACAAACUUUCGCGUUUAUUAGUAGGAUUUAUGUUUCGUAUAAACUAGUCUAUAAAUGAUGUUAGGAGGUAAUUUAACUUUUGAGUGUUGGUGACACUGACUGUGGAAGAAUACCGUUACCAGGCGCCAUUUUCUGUCUGUUCGGUUCGUGUUUUUUGAGAGUUCGUUAUGUGCGGAACUUAGGAGUAACUUCGGUGGUUGGUUGAAGAUUACCACGAACAAUGGGUGUGCCGUGCACACAAUACGUGUUGUGGGAUGUAGGACUGGUGCGGUGACGUGUGUAUGGACAAUUCCGUGAACAUAUAUCAGUCGCAAUUACUUGCGUGGUCCUCCGGUGGAAGCAUGGAUUCAACUUUAGAACAAGGGAGCGGUACCGUUCGAUGGUAAACAAUUUACUUUGGGCAUUGUUGCAAUUGAAGGCUCACACACAUCUGCUAAUUUGAGGAAACUCCUGUCAGAUAUGACUGCCACUUGGAACAUUCCUGGACUUGAAGAACACAUUACUGUGAAAAUGCAUACCAUUUAUGGUAACUGACAAUGCACAAAAUCUACGUUCUGCAAUUGAGAAUACAAAGUGGAUACAUAGACCAUGUUUUGCUCACUCUCUCCAGCUGGCAAUUAAAGAUGGUAUAGAUCAGUCAGAAAAUGACAAAAAGGUACUAGAUAAAGGUCGCACAGGGUGUCUACUGGUCUUCCUUUCCAAAAAUCAGUGACUUUUGGUGACUUUUUUUUACUAAAAAUUGUAUUAAAUUAAAACGGAUAUUGAAUAUAGGUCUAGUUUACUUAUCAACAGUUAAGCUUAUUGUUAAAUAAAUGGGAUCACAUGCAGUUUAAAAUGCUAAACUUGACCUUAAAAAAGUUUUACUUUAAGCAGCUUUGGAGGGUAAUGAAAAAUAAAUCCAAAUAAUCGAUAAUGACUUAAUUUACAAAUAAAUAAAUAGGCGAAACUAACAGGUAUUUGAAAUAUAGUCUGUCAUUUAUAAACAUAUUUUGUUCCUAAGUUUUUUCAAAUCCCUGUCUAUUUCUAAGAGUUCUUCUUUCUUUUCUUCCAGCACUUUUUUCUUUUUCAAUUCUAAGAGCGUAAUUUCAUGUGCUGCUCUUUUCCUUGCAUUCACAGAUUCAUCCUCUUUAAUCUUCUUCUUCGUCAGGUCAUCUCUUCUUUUUGAUGCAGCAUUUCUGAAGUUUAAAAUCAUCUGUUUAGAUAUAGUAUGAGAAAAAGUUUCAAUUCCACCUGUAACAUAAAAAAUUUGAGAUUUAAAAUUAUUGAUAAAGAAAUAUUUAAGUCUAACUUACAUUCAGAAAGCAUUUCUUUUUAAACCCACCUGGAAGAGAAGACACAUGGUCAUGAACAAGUCUUUGGGCAACCAAAGAUUUCUCUUGAAGAUUUUCCACUAAGAACUCCUUAUUGAAAGAAAAACUUCUCUCAACUGCUGCAUUACCAUGAAAGCAAAUCAAAAAAUGCUGAAUGAAAGAAACAAACAGGUUAUGGGCAUUCUCCAUUGCCGAGCUUAGCAGUUGAAACAAAAACUUAUCUAGGCUAUCCUUUUUCCAGUUAAAGAACUUUGUUGCUUUCAGAACUUCAGGAAGUGCACAAAACUUAGCAUAUUCUCUUAACACAACAUCCCCAUCUGCUGGUGACAGGUGAUUGAGAGAAAUAAGUUCUUCAAUGGCAAUCUUGGCCCUCGAGGUUCUGACAUCUUUGACAAUCACUGAAGGAGAUAAGCAAGUGGACCCAAGCACAAUUCGCUUCCUUAAAGGGCUUUUCUCUUCAAGCUUGGAAAACAACUGUAACAAAAACUGUUUGCAAUCUGCUUUAAAUCUAAGAGAGUGUAGUUCUUUUACUUUCUUUAGGCAAAAUGUUGCUCCAAAACCAAUUUCAAUAGAAUCUGGCAUUCUUAGGUCAGUCUCAUUUUUGACAUUCAAAUGUUUUAACUGGGAUGCACUAACAACCUUUUCCAUUGCAGAUUUUGUAAACACUCUACUCGCAAUGUUCUUCAUCAACUGGAAAACUUCUUGAUAAAGAAAAGGCAGUAGGGGAUCGUUUCUCUGAAAACAUGUCAAAAAUUCUUCCAGCUCUUCAGAUAUCAUGGCAGAGAAAUGUAGCUUAGCUUCUAGUACUGGGUCUUCCAACAAGGCCUUCUUUACCACAUGAAAGUUCUGGGAGUUUGGAGGAUUCUUUUCAAUCUCUUUGUCUGUAACGUAUUUCUUCAGAUGUGGAAUAAUUUCUGAGCACCUUUUCAUCACAGAUGAGUUUUCAGUCCAUCGUAUGGCACAGAACUUUUUCGGGAACAUUCUGGAGCCAGUGAUCUGUUGAUAAACUGCACGACGAGAUGGGUAGUUCUUGAAAAGACUGUAAAGUGCUCUAAGAAACUCAUUAAGUUGCCAACCAACUUUUGCAUGAGCUGUUUUGUAUGCACCAUUUACAAUGUGCAAUGAACAGGUGCCUAAGUCCAAGAUUUCUUUUUCGCUGUCAAGAGUACAUCUCAUGUAACUUUUCAGGUCGGAAAUCAGUUUCAAAUUAACAUUGGGUCCAUCAGUUGCAAUUUGCACCAAGCCUCCUAGAGACAGGUCAGCUUCUCCAAUGCAUACAAUAAGAUUAUUGAGCAAAUCUGCAGCUUUUGAAUGCUCCAGGAAAGCAGAUGUCAGAUAUUUUGUACAAACACAACUGUUUUCUGCAUCCCAAUACUUUACAACAAUGUCCAUUUGCCCCUUUUGGCAAACAUCGUUUAAACUUUCGUCAAUUGACAAAGCAUAAAAUGGGCUUUUCUGAACACUAUGUGACACACAUUUCGCAAAAUGGGGUCCAAGUCCAUAUGUUAUGCUGUAUGCAAUUUUAUCCUUAUGCAUUUUCAUUUUAGAGGCUAGAGAGCUAUCUGGGAACAUAAUGGGAAACAGCUUCACUGCUAAUUCUCCCGAGCGGGAUGAAGCAUGUGUGAAAACACAGUGAGUUGCCCACACAAUCUCUGCUUUUGUCACACUGUCAUUAACUAGGAAAGUUGACAGCCUUGAUGGUUCAGCAGUAUGUUCUUGGCUAGAAGCAGACGUGCUAGGCUUAGGUUCUGGCAAAGAUGGACUGGGUGUAUUAGCCUGAGGAACACUCAUGGAAGGCCCGUCAGUAUCCAUGGGUAUAGCUCUGAAGGAAGACAGAGUUUUUUGUUUUCCAGAUUUCAGGCAACUGGAAAAUUCACUAUGCUUCUUGCCUUUCUCGUGGCUUUUUAUUGCAUUCACACCAGAGUGGGACACAUCAAUUUGUUUUUUACAAAGAGAACAAACCAAAAAAUUUAUCUUUGCCUUUUCUCAGCCAAGUUCUCCAUCCUUCUUCUUCCAACCACAUCUCUUGGAAGUGGCACUUACCCGGCAUCUUGUAAAAAAACUGUUAUACAAACACUUCAUUCAUUAAAAAAAACUGUCAACAUAGUGAACCGUGGGGCAGUCUACAACUAUUGAGCCUUGUGGGCGGUUAAAACAGAUUGGCCUACAUGAAAAUAUACACACUUAACCAACUCACUGUAAUUUUAAUAAAAAAUAAAUUACCGAUUGUUAAUUAGUGAGAAUGGGGCCCAUUUCUACUUCUUUCACAAAGAAAUAUCAUUACAAAAAACGCCGGCCGUUUACUAAUUGUAAAUAAUGCGUCAUAAAACGUAGCGGCCACGAAAUCAAAAAAAAAUAAACUUAACCUCCCCAAACUGUUGUACGCCGGCAUAUUAUUAAUUAUAAAUUAUGUUUGGCUGAAACAUAAUAAACUAUAACUGCAAGGACACCAAAAAAUACCGUCCGCGAAUAAUCCAAACAAACGCAGUUGUUUCAUGUGAGAGCAAAGCAUAUAACAUAUUGCCAACAUUGAUCGAAGCGUAGGUGAAAGUGAGAACCAGUCUAGCAGUUACAGCGUCAUUAUUUAAAAAAAAAACAUAUUCCUACAUACAAAACCUUACAUCCUCACUGAAUAAAAAAAAGGGCGGAAACGAUAUAUCUGUUCCUUAAAUAAAUAAUUAACAACGCAACAGCUUUCGAAGUGUGCUUGUCAGCCCUGGGCGUCCCACGAUACUCGCACGUGGUACAAACACGAUUAUUAUCCUACACUUAAUGUUUGGGUUUGCUCUUGUUGGUAAGAUAUAUGGUCCCAUUGUACUAGUACGUACACAAUAGUUCUCGUACGUUUGUUACAUCAUGUAAUCGAUCGGUAUUCUUUUCUCCUCGCUUGCACUUGACAAAGAAAAAACACUACGGACGGCGCAGUGAGAUAGAUAGCGAGAAAGAUGGAUAUUUCAGCCGUUAUCUCUAUCGAAGGGAGGGCAAGUAAACAGGUGUUCCAGAGGUUUUUGCGAGUUACAUCACAUUUAUGUUCUCCACAAAAAAAAUCGGUGCCCUCUUUCCAAACUUCGUGACUUUUCGGUGACUUCCGUGACCCUACCCCAAAUUCCAUGACUUUUCCAUGACUUCCGUGACUUCCGUGACCAGUAGACACCCUGUCGCAGUAUUGUUGCACACUAUUCUAGGAGUUCUGUUGCCUCUGCCCGACUUGAAGCUGAACUGAAUGCCAAAAACUUGCCAUGCUUGAAGUUAAUCAAACAUUUUGACACACGUUGGUCUUCAGAGUUACCAAUGCUGGAGAGGCUGAUUCCACUUAAAGAAGCUGUAGUAGCUGAACUGACAUCUUCCAGUGCAGACAUUGUUUUUCAAAUACUGAAUGGAAGCUUGUUGAUAGUGUGGUUGGUGUGCUAAGACCAUUUUCUGAAGCCACUGAAAAUGCUUGUGGUAAUUUAUACCCCACGGCAAGCAUGAUAAUUCCAACACUACACUGUCUAGAUGCAACACUUGUGCUAUUUGUUUUAAAAAAACUCUUUUCAACCAGGGGUUCCUUUUGCCAGAUGUUUGAUGAAAUGUUUGAAAUCAAGAUUUCUUCUGUACAAAAAGGAUAGUGUCAAUGUCAUCUGUACAAUUGUUGACCCAAGGUUCAAGGAUGCUCUCUUUAGUCACGAAGAGAAGGUGAAUGCACACUUCCUCCUCAAACAAGAAUGCAAUCUUUAUCAUCCACCUGAAUUCAAACCUGAAGAAUGUGAAAAAUCAUUCAUUUCCUCUUCAUAAUUGUAGGCAGCACUAGAUGAUAUACCUAUGCGAGAAACACCACCACCUCGACAGGAAGAAGCAGAAAUCACUAUGUACUUGCUUUACAUCACCCUGUGUAGCAAGAAGUAUUAACCCAUAUGAGUGGUGGAAGCAAAACAAACAUCAGUACCCAAAAAUUUCUGAAGUUGCCAAUAGAUAUUUGCCCAUUCCAGCGACACAAGUUGCAAGCGAAAGAAUGUUUUCUGCAUUUGGCAAUAUUGACAGAAAGAAGGGAGCUACUGUGUCCAGACCAUGUAGAGCAGCUGACAUUCCUUCAUGAUAAUUUUAAGAAUAAAUAAUCUCACCUGUUCCAGUUUCACUCCAAGUCCAGUGAUAGAAAUAUAGCAGAACUGAAUAUUGAAAUUAGUGUCACUGAAAAAUAAAACUUUACUUCAUAUACUGUGCUUUAUAUUAAUGAAGCUGCCAUUACUGAUAUUAUUUGUUUUAGUAUUCUACAUUUUGUGUCUAGAAAGUCAAAUAUUUUAGGAUGUGCUUUUUUUUUUUACUAUGUCAAGAUUCAGUGCACUAAAAAUGUAUGAAAUUAAGGAUUUAUUAGUAUGCUUUGAUAAUUGACCUGUGGUUUUAGGCUUCUUUGCUUUAGUCAGAAAGUAACUAGCUAUCACUGAUUGUAAAACUGCGUAAUAUAUUAUGAAGCAUGUAAGAAAGUGUACUUAUUUCUUAUUUGUCUUUGUUUUGAGUGUAUUUAUAGCUGUAAGUUUUACCAAAUUUGGAAGAAACUACAAAGUUUGUGUAUUUUUUAUUGGCAUUAUUAUUUUUACAUAUUGUUAUAAAAGUGUUGGUAUUAUUUUAAAGUACUAUUUACAGACUAUGCAUGAAGGUCUACUUUUAAUAUUACAAGCAUGCAUAUAACAAUAGUUUUGUAUUUUAUGCAACAUAAUAUAAGUAUUAGUUACUCUGAAAUGAUAUUGCAAUUGCAAUGAAAAAUGAUAAAUAAAAGGUUUAUUGGGUAACAUAUUUAUGUACAAAAUUAGUAUUUAUUACUGUUGACUAAAAUUCAAAGAAAAAGAUUUGAGGUUCGGGUAUCUUUAAAGAUUCGAUUCGUGAUUCGAUUCGAGAUAAAAAAUCCUAGAUUCGCAGAAGCCUAUAUACCAGUCAUAUAAACUCUAUUAUAUUGAGAAUAUGGUUUUACCUUGGGAGUUUACGUUCGGAGUCGUGAUAACAUUUAAGAACACAAAAGUACCUCUUGGUGUUCCUUACAUCCACUUUUAUUAAAGAUUUUAAGUGCAGCAGGGGAAGCAAGGAAGUUAGCCAAAGUAAAAACGAGGGAACCUUCAGAAACCGGGUAAGUUUGAGAAGAAAUUGGUGCUGCAUUGUUCCCAGUUCUCAGUCCCGCCGGUUCUCGGAAAAUUAAACGGCACCGAGAACUUUAUAAACAAUCUUGGUACCACAGAUAACACUGAAAGCUUAAUGCAGCUAAACUUUCCCCGGUGAAAAUACAAUAGAAUUACAGAAAAAACAUAGUUGUAAGGGGACUUAUGUUGCAUUCAAUGAACAUGUCUUCUAACUACCCUUCAAGCCCGUAAUGAAAGAAAUGUUCGUAAAUCUUUGAAAUUUGUCAAAGGGCAGACAGCAAUAAGUCUUCCUCCCCUUCCCCCACCCCCUUGUGCCAGCCCGCCCAGAUGGCAGAUGGAAAGGUGCCUCUGGCGCUGGCACAAAAUGUCUGAACGUAAAAAAGAGUUCUUAGUGCUGCAAUCCCCUGUGGUAAAAUAUCACAGGCUCAAUGUACUUUUAAAAAUCUUAAAAACAAACUACUCUACAGAUGUUACCUAAUAUUUUUUACUAGAUUCAGCUGCACUACAGGAUGUAGGUUCUGAGGUACUUUAGUUAUGUAUUGAGAUAUUAAUCUGUUCUCUAGGUACUAGGUGACUUGUGGAAUUAUAUUAAAGUGGGGCACUUAGAAGUUAUAAAGAACAAAUAAUGCCAUCUUCCUGUAUCUUGGUGAGACUGGAAAUUGGUUGAUAGUUAGUCUAGGACCAAUAAUUGAUUUUUAGAACCGCAACGAAACCGAGAACAGGGAAAAAAUUAUCACCGACACGUCACUAGCUGAAAUGAUUGGCAUACUUAAUGUAAAAACUCAUUUACUUAAGUUUUGCACCAGUUACGUGUAAUAAGUGGUUUAUAUUCAAUUGAUUUUUAUUGGCAGAAGUCAAUUGUUUAAGUAACUCCAAGUGACCUUUGUGAUAUUAUCUCGUUUGUUUUUGGGAGCCAUGUGCAGUGCAUACUUGGAGUUUCAGGACUAGUGACUACAUCUUUUGGAACUUGAAAUAACUGCAGUAGAACUACAUUACCAAGUACAGUUCAAGGUGUUAGUUCCAUAAUCUAUCAUUCGGCACAUUCUGCAACCCGGCUCCUACAGAUCCACUUAGUUAAACAUUUUUGUCUUUUUUCAUUUUAGGUUACAGUCCACAGGUACAUUUACAAAUAUUUGAAGAGUAAAAUGGAUUCAUGGAUAAACAGGGACAUUUGCAGAUACUUACAAUCAUUGGGUCAAUAUUUUCUCAUUUAAAUUACAAAUGUUCCUGUAAAUAUUUACAGUUUAUUCCUCUGGUGAGAAACAUGGAGACAGUGGUGAACCAUUCCCAUUACGUGUGGUGCCAUGAAUGACACUUUCGAGCCUUCAAUCAACAGACCAAAGCGAUUUACCCCAAAGCACUAUUUAAUGCAAGUACUUAAGUACAGGGUACAGGAGUGAGGUAAAUGUUCUAGGUAUGCUAAAACAUCAGAAGAGUCAUAUUCAUAAAUUGUUUUUUUGAAGCCAUGUAUUUCAAACUAGUGAUGUGUUAUAAUGGAAAAAGUGACAGUUUUGUCGUAUAAAUUUUUGUAAUACGAAUAACGUUAUGAUGAAAAAUGUUAAAAAUAGUUAAAUUGUUUGCAUGGCAAAACCAAAUAUUCAACUGUUUAUGAAAUUUUGAACGGGUAUGUUGUAACUACUCAAGAGUAUUUACUGUUAUGUGUGUCAUAUUAUUAUUAUUUAAUUGAUAUUUAAAUGUGAGUUCUAACAACCCAGGAUACACUUUUUAAUUUAAUCCAAACUCCUAGGCUUGUUUCUAUUUGGUCAUCUACACAUUUCUUUGGGAUAGUAUUCAGUUUUAUUACAGUUCAUGAGCCAAGCAUUAUGUCAUAGACAAAAUUAUCGAAUCCACAUCGCUCUCUGUGCUGUGGUAACCAGUCUUCUUUGGUUUUCGCCUGGGGUUGCUACGACAAGUGAGAUAUUAAAAAAGGAAAUAUGGCAGUGUAUGGUUGGGAGAGAAUGUAAUAUUCAGCAAUGGUGAAAUGACCUUAGUUCUUGUGCUAGUUUGCGUGUUCUUACAUAUUUUCGGCACCCUACAUAGACGAUAGAUAUUCUAAGAUAAUCAUAACUUGCGAUAUGCAUGGUUUGCAUAUUUAUUAAAAUUUCAUCUGUUUCUACCCACCCAUGUGACGUCUUGAUGUAUGGUUCCUGCCGAAACGACCAACAUGGGUCGCCGACAAACCAACGUCUCGUCCGAUGAAUAAUCUGUCUCGAUUCGGUGAGACCAUUCCUAUUACUUCAACUUUUCAGAUGCCGAAUUGAUUGCUGGAAGCCUAGUUCCAGAACAACUAUAGCCAGCCGUAGUCUAGUAGUCCAUUCCAGCAUACGCCUCGUAGCUGCAGUCCAUGAGGGAAUCACCUAGUGGUCCUGAAGAAUGAUAACUCCAAGCUUCUACCGAAAGAGCCGUGUGAUGUCCCUCCCCAGUGAUGUGUUUACUUUAUAUAUACUUUAGGAAAAUUGCCCUAUUAAAAUAUAACAUAUUUACAAUGAUAACCGGUUUUAGCAAAACAUUGGGUUUUAGGAAUCUCGCCAACAAACACACAUAGUUAAUGAUUUAAGGUUGUUCAAGGAAUUAACAUAUUAGUAUCAAAUUGGUUAUAUUAUAUAAUCUUUUAUAUAUAGAUUCUGUGACACACAUUCUUAAAAGAUUGUUCACACAAUUCAUAUAUCACUUUCUGUAAAAUAUCGUUAUCUUGAUGAUUAACUAUGAAACGUGCUGGUUAAGCUACCAGGCAUGCUUAGUGAAAUACAGCUGUAACACCAAGCAAAUGUUAAAAGCUUUAUUGACAUACAGGCAGAAAGUAUAUAUGAGAUUACAGUGUGUUGAAAUAUCUUUGGCGGCAUGAAAGGAGGCAACACACAUUAUUCAUACGAAAAAUUGUUUAGCUGCUCAGCAAAAUGAAACUUUGAAAAAGAAAGUCUUAAAAGUAGACAGAAAAAUGAUUGAUUGAUGAAAUAAACUUGCUAUGAGAAAAUUUCAUUUGAACAAACAAUAAGGAAUUGCCAAUGCUCAUACAGGAAAACGGUCUUAAGAAAAUAUUGGAAGAACCAAAAAAGAUGUGCUUCUUAGUUCUUACAUAGGAAAACUUAUUAAAAGGAUAAAUAAAAAUACAUUUUUAUGGGUUAAUAGUUGCGAUGUUCACAUGCACAGUAUUGAAGUCUAAAUGGAAUUACAUAGAGGGAAACAAUUACAUUAGUAAAACCUGGAGAAAUCUUAGAUUAUGUUUGCUAAUUGUAAUACAUUUAGUAACUGUUGGGAAAAUGUAUUUAGUUGAUGCUAUUUCAUUCUACCGUUUCAUUAAUUAUUUCAAAUCUGUGGUUGGGAUGUGAGUCACAGGGGUGGAACUGCUAAGGCUGUUUGAAUAGGUGUUGCAGAAAGUGGUAUGAAGGGAAAUAUGUCCUACCAGGAAACGGACUAGGAGUAUGAAAAUAUUCUAAGAACAAUACAAGAGAUAUAUAACGUAACGGUCAUUAACUCUUUUAACACCUGUGCCCUUGAAGGCUUGGGAGUGAGGGCGAGUUGAUAGAACAAAGAAAGUUUUUUUUUUUCGACUGCUGAAUGCCUGAAUCAGCACUGGCCAUGAGAUAGAGAUAUCUGGUUAUCUUUUCAUCCUUCCUGGUAGCAUCUGCCAAUCAAGUCAUCGUGUUCAGUUUAAAUCACAUUUUACGUUCCUUUUCUAAUAGGUAAUUUUUUAAAAUCCUGUCUGCAAUUAAGGAAAUAAUAAUAUAAUAUAAUAUCUGCCUCCCGCUGCUGCUCAAAUCGGGCUGAUGCGCUACGGCAUGGGCGCAAAUCUGUAGGAUUUCCAGGGGGGGGCCCGUGAAUUCUGUGGUUUAAGAAUUUUGCGCUAGAGGUCAACCGAAACAAGUCUUCUCUGGAUGAUAAGCUCGUAUGUUAUACACUUUAUUUUUACGUAAGUGAUAUUAACAAUAAAGCAGAGCAACAUAUGUUUUAGUAAUUAUUAAUUAAUGACUAUAAGAAAUGAUCUCUCAAACAUGUUUGAAUAAUUUGCUAACCUAAAUACAUAAAAUAUCCAUGAAAAAAUCUAUUAAAAUAAUAUACGUGAAUAUAACGCUGUCCGUCCGUCUGUCACCAGGCUGUAUCUCAUGAACCGUGAUAGUUAGACACAAAUACUAAAAACAUAGUAAAAUAAAUAUUUAAGGAGGCUCCCAUGCAACCAACGUGAUUUUUUUGUUCGUUUUUGCUUGAUAUUGAAAACGGCAAAAGGUAGACGCUUGAAAUAUUCACAGAAUAUUUAGUUAUAUAUUCACUUUAAAAUAAAUAUUUAAGAGGGGCUCCCAAUCCCAUACAACAGACAUGAUUUUUUUUGCAGUUUUUAUAGAUAAUGGUACGGAACCCUUCGUGCGCGAGUUCGACUCGCACUUUGUCGGGUUUUUUAAUAAUUACUGCGAUUCAAAUGCUGUUUGUGAAAUUCUUUGUUCACAGUUUUUGAUGCGCCCUAAAAACCCAAAGCUCCAAAGCUAAUAAACGGAUCAACAUCAAAUGAACGAUCAAAUCAUAUUAAAACCCUUAAAGACUCUUUUAUUUAGUAAAUGCAUCAACCAGGUAAAAAAGAAAAAAAAAACUUAAUGACACUAAUGAAAAAUCUCGUAGAUAGAACUAUGAAAUUUAUCCUACAGCUAAUUGAACCACAUACAUUUCUCGGCUUAUUUUUAAUAUAAUCAGUAUUUUGGCAGUGAAUAUUAUUUAGUUAAAAUAUACCGCUUGAUUAGUUAUUAAAGAGACGCGUUUGCUUCCUUAUUAACUUAAAUACGGAUGUGUAACGUUUAAAUACUUCUUUCUCAAUCUUACUUUUGUUUACUCGUGCAGUGUUGCAGUUAUCAAAUAACAAAUGUUAUAAAGUGAUUAUCGGCCAUGAAUUGUGAAAAUUAUCGUUUGAUAAUAAAACGGGAGUGAUUUUAAAUUCCAUAUUGACGAGGAAAAAAAUUAUUCCCUGUAUAUUCACAUGUAACGUACAGAGCAGCUAGCCUUACAGAAUGGAGAUAAGCUAAAAAAAAUUCCAGUAAUGGUAUAUAAGUUUCAGUUCGUAAAUAAACUAAAUUCUGCUAUAAUUACUGUUAAAGUAUUAAGUUGUUUAUUUACUGGAAAAAUAACGUUACAUAAUCACUUAAAUAAAAUAUAUUACCUAAAUAAUAGUCACUACUUAUAAAACAAUCAAGCUUACCAGGUGAGAAUCAGAUUCUGUUUUCCGUUUCUUCCGCGUCACGAAAUUAUCCAUGUUGAUGUUUGCCAAGAAAGCAGAAGACUGGCGCACACGAGAGCAAAACCACUUUAAAAACAGACUACCUACCUGAAACCUUUAAUACUGUCGUUUCAGAGGACAAGGUAGUGUGGGUAACAAUGUGGAGGAAAUGCUAACGGAACCCUACCCUAGCUUCGUCCUUUGGAAUGAACGGUUUCUAGGAAAUAAGGGUUUCAAAGUUCUCACUGGAAAACUCCAUACCGUGGCUUUCGCAGAAGGGGUAGGGGAAAAUAACAACGGAACUCAAAGGUAGGAAUAUAAAGCAUGUCAAAGUGUCUGUGGUCGUUGUAAAUAAUAAUCUGAUAUAUAUAUAUAUAUAUAUAUAUGUGUGUGUGUGUACACCAUUAACUUUAAAAUCACGAAGUGGGCCCCCCCAAGGAGGGGCCCAUUAAUUCCAGGGGGGGCCCGGGCCCCCCUGGCCCCCCCGGGAUCUACGCCCAUGCGCUACGGUAAUAAUCAUGUUCCCGAUUAUCUAUUUAAUAAUUAUAAAAAAUACUUCAUGAAAUAACUAAAAAUUCAUGAAUAUUAUUGAAUGAAAACAGAAAUUUGUGAAUAUGAUCAUUUUCAAAGAAAUUAGUAAGUUAAAAAUUUCCUGAAAUAUUUAACUUGCAUUAAAACUAUUUCCUACUGUUAAAUAGGGUUAAGUAAUUUUUCCUAAAUUUACGUGACCCUUUUUUUCCAGGUCUGCACAGUAGUUGUAAUUUCAUGUAGAUUGUUUAUGUUAAUAUAAGUUAGCAUAAUCAAAAUUAUAAGGAUGUAAGUGUACUUACAACUGUUUCUCAAAAUGGGGUACAAAUAUCCUUAUCCACACGAACAUAAUUAAUUUGUACCGUGUAUUAUCAAAAAGUAACACAUGUAUGAAAGAUACGUUUAUUAUUUACGGUCAACCUAGCUGAAAAUGUUGCAUGAUACGUGAAGUGAAAACAUACUAGGACCAAGUUCCAUAGUUACCAUAAAUGGCCUGAUACAUAUUGUGCAAGUUAAAUGUUACGGUACAAUAACUUCGAAUGUAGUACCAUAGUUGCUGUAAAUGGCCCAAUACAUAUUUGACAAGUUAGAUGUUACAACACUGCUUGACGUGCCACGCAUCCAUGAAAAAACACCUAAAUUUAGUGUACAUGCUCACUGUGGGCAUGUAAUGGGUCAAGAUUUAUGAUAGAAAACAUAAAUUUUUUUGUGUUACUUUAGUGGUUUUUAAGUGGGCAUAUUUAAUAAUCCCAAAAGUAUUAAACAAGCGAUGUUAAGUUUAAUGGCAAGGGAAACUUUUGGUACUGUCUCAAACUGUUUUAAUGUAUUGUGCUUUAUUUUAUAACUCAUAAAUGACCUAACCUACCUUCCCUUAACACCAUUUCCAGAAUCUAAGACUACAAAUUUCAUGUUCUGAACCACUUGUAAUAAUUAAAUGUUAUUUCAGCAAGAAAACAUAUUGCUUAAGCCUGUAAUUUGAACAUUUUAGUUUACUACAUUAAAAUAAAAUUACUGCAAAACUUAUUGUAGAUUUAAUUUCCAAAUAUUACAGUAUUUUUAAAUACUUCAAACAGGAUUUAAAACAUAUCUCGGUGGCAGACCUGGUAAAGCAGAUUUAACUUGUUUUAAAAAUUUUUAUAAAUUUUUCUUUAGUAUUACCAUUAAAUUUGAUAAUCCAAUAUAGCAGGGGUCUCGAAUGUGUCGAAUUAAAGAACUUGUUUAAAUCUGAGUAUUCAUUUUCAAACUCCUGAAAGAUCUUUUCAUUUGAUAUUUGAGUAUUCAGUAAUGCCAUUUUUUUAAUAAAAAGGUUUUAGGGGAUUUUUCUUAGGAUCUUUAUAAUGUGAACAGCACCUUGAAUGUAUAAUAGUAAAAUUAUGGUAAUAACUUUUUGUUCUGUACAUUCAUUGCAAUGUUUUACAAUUUUCACAGUUUUUGCUAGUCUCUAGUAUUGACACCAAGUACCCAAUUAACCACCCGUGUUUGUAUGUAACCUUUAUUUUUAAUUCCCCAAGAAGAGUUCACAUGCAACUUGUAGCUGCAUGUUAGUUGCACAAGCUUUUGACAGCUCUAGUCACCUAGUUCCUUUAAUACGGUUUUUUUUGCAGCCUCUUAAGAGUUCAAUGCAACACAGAAAUGAUCAGAAUUUUUGCGACAAUUAAAAAUAAACACUUCCAAGUUUUCUUUUUUUUAAAUGAUUUACGUACUCCACGUUAAAAAAUAUUGCAACAAACAUCAGCUCAUGAAUUGGGCUGUACAUUUUCUUGCCGUCAUAUUGGCUUACAGCAUGAGAGGGUGUUCACACACACAUUCCUGAAAGGGAAGCUGUCUUUUUUUUUAGUUUUGUUUUGUAAAGGAAUAAAUUGUUAAUUUUCAGGAAAGUGUAUAUUAUUUUAAUGUUCUCUAGUGAGGUGUUUUCACUUGCAUAGCACAGUAAUGAAAGGGUUGCAAAGAUGAGAUGUGUUUCAAAUCUGUGUGUUGUCUCCUGCUUACCUGUUUGUGGCUGUUUAACACUGCAUGAUUUGACUUAGAAAAAUGCAUUUUAUGUUGAAUUAAUGAUUUUAUUGCAAAUGAACUUUUUUAUUAUAUAUAAAUUUUAAUUUCUAAAAGUGUUAUUGCACUGCACAUUUGGUAAUACAACCUUUUUCUAUAUAUUGUUUCUACUUUUGUUUUAAACAUAUGUUCAGUGCCAAAUGUUAUGCUUAAUGCAAAUUGUUAGAAUUCUGAGGAAGUAAUAAAAAUGUUUGAGAACACGUA